GAGGGCAGCAGGGACGGUGGCCGCGCGGGGCUGUUUCUCUCCGAUGGCGGAGCGGAAGGAUGUCGCUGGUGUCCGGGCUGCUGUCGCACACGCUGGGCAGGGUGCUGCGGCUCUCCGGGCUCCAUAGCGGGUACCAUGCGCAGGGGGGCCCGGCCAUGGAGCAGGACAGAGCGCUCGAGGUGUAUGAUAUAAUUCGAACUAUCCGGGAUCCAGAGAAGCCUAACACUUUAGAAGAACUGGAAGUGGUAACAGAAAGUUGUGUCGAAGUGCACGAGAUAGGGGAAGAUGAAUAUCUCGUUAUUAUCAGGUUUACACCAACAGUACCUCAUUGCUCUUUGGCAACUCUCAUUGGGCUUUGUUUGCGAAUAAAACUUCAGAGAUGUUUGCCUUUUAAGCACAAGUUGGAAAUUUAUAUAUCUGAAGGUGCCCAUUCCACUGAGGAGGACAUCAACAAGCAAAUAAAUGACAAAGAGAGAGUAGCAGCUGCGAUGGAGAAUCCAAACUUGCGUGAAAUUGUGGAGCAGUGUGUUACAGAACCUGACUAGCAGCUACAGUAACCACAGAGCUAUGAUCAUUUUGAUACAUUGGUUUAAUUAUUUGUAAAACUUCAAGGCCUUGAGUUUAAUACUUACAUUGUUUGUACCUUCCACAUGAUUUUUUAAAGAAACCAUUUAUAAAGCGAAUGUAAA